GAGCAAUGUGUGGGUGCAGGAUAAGUGUCGGUUUGAUAUUGUUGGGCAUAUUGGGGAGGCGUAUGAUCCAAAUGUGUGGAAUUUGGUGAAGAAUGCGUUGGAUGAUACGCCGGAGAGGGAUUUCAUCUGUGUUAUUGGGUCGCCGUUGAAGUAGGGCCACUGUACAGAGUACUGUAAUAAUAAUAAUCGCAUAGCAUAAUAGCAUUUCCAUUGGAAUGGUUUCCCCUUGCGAUCCCGUGACUCGGGCGGAGUUAUAACCCCUGGCCAUUGAUCAAUAUCACCAACAUCAUCAGCCAUGGCACAAUCAACCCCCAGCCUCAACGGCAGCGACGCCAUCUACUACGCCCACAGCACAACCACCACCACCGCCCCCGCCGAAAAGACCUGGCAAACCCUCAUCAACACCUCCACCUGGCCCUCAUGGAACACCUUCUGCCCCCGAGUGACCAUCCGCCAUCAACCAGGCCAGCAUGACUCCGCGAUCCUGCAACUCGGCACGAAAAUGACCUUCCACGUGCACAUGGACGCCAACUCGCCCGUUGAAACAGACGUCUACCUGGUCGUGACGCAGUUCGAGCCACCGGGAGGAGGUAAAACUGGUCGCAUUGCAUGGGCGGCUGAUUACACUGCGUUAGGGACACUGCCACGGUUUUUACUGCGGGCGGAACGGGUGCAUGAAGUCGUGCCGGUUGACGAGGGUCGCGGGAGUGAAGUCAGGAAUUGGGAGGUGCAGGUUGGGUAUGCGGCAUAUGUAGUGCGGUGGAUGUAUGGGAGGGUGAUUCAGGGGGCGUUUGAGAGGUGGGUGGAGGAGUUGAGGGAGUAUGUUGCUAGUACUUAGUACAUGCAGUGCAGUAAUACAGGAUCAGUACAGGUGCAGUGCGGGCAGGGUACAUGGUUCGUGGUCGG